AUGGUCUUCUACUUCCAGCCGCGGGGAUACGGCCCUGGCAAGGAUGACUACCUCAUCUACAUGGGCGCCGACAAAUUCGAGAACGAGCACCUGAUCAGGCACUCUCUCCCCAUGGACGUUUGGUUUCACGUGGACAGCCUGUCUUCUGCCCACGUGUACCUGCGCCUCCCCGAGGGCGUGGCCAUCCAGGACAUCCCCCCCGACACCCUGGAGGACUGCCUGCAACUGGUGAAGGCCAACUCCAUUCAGGGGAACAAGCAGAACAAUCUGCAUGUGGUGUACACCCCCGCCAGCAACCUGAGGAAGACGGCCGGCAUGGACGUUGGGCAGGUGGGCUUCCACCACCAGAGUGCGGUGAUCCGGGUGCCCAUCCUGAAGCGUAUUAACGAGAUCGUCAACCGUUUGAACCGCACCAAGGAGGAGCGGCACGUAGACCUCGAAGCUGAACGGGCCGCGUAUGACCGAGAACAGAGGGGAAAGGAAAAGGCGCGACUACAGGAGGAGGAGAGCAGAGAAAAGGCGCUGAAGAAGCAGCAGCAGGAGGAAAAGGCGCGGAGAUCCUACGACGCCAUCAUGCUUGAGGAAAACAUGAAGACCAGCAAAGAUAUGGCCCAGACGUAUGAGAAUGUUGAAGACUAUGAGGACAACUUCAUGUAG